AUGAGCUCGUUGGUACAAUAUUAUGAUCCACCUCUAUGCUAUUUCACAUUCGCUGAUUUCCAACUAGCUCCUACUUUGGAAGAAGUUGAGAGAAACAUGGGUCUCAAAUUGAAAGAUUUCAAUCCAUUUCCAAAGCUCGAAGAGGAAGCGGGCCCAAAGAAGAUUACUUUAGCCCUAAGUAUCAAUGUCCCGACUGUUCUAGACAAUUGGGUUGAGAAAGGGGGUUUCGAAGGUUUUGCCAUGAUGUUCUUGGAAGAUUUAGCUCUGAAGUUCAAGAAAAAAGGAAAUUGGAACGCAUUCUAUGUUGUGUUGGCUUUAUUGAUCCAUGGGAUUGUGCUCUUCCCAAACGUUGAAAAAUUUGUGGAUCAGGUAGCCAUAGAAGUCUUUCUCUCUGGAAAUCCUGUACCAUUUCUCUUAGCUGACAUUUACCAUGCCCUUAACGCUCGACAUGAAAAGAGGGGUGGAACUUUGUUGUGCUGUGCUCCUUUGCUUUAUACUUGGUUCAUGCAACAUACGCCCGAAAAAGGCCCUUUUGUGGCAAAGGAACUUAAAUCUCCUCAAAGACUAGCUUCUCUCACUGCAAGUUCCAUCCGAUGGUAUAUCCGAGAGUGGGAAACCCCAGACAUUAUUGUUAGCUAUGGGGAAUUUCCUAAUGUACCGUUGUUAGGUACUAAGGGUUGCAUCAAUUAUAACCCUAUGUUAUCUCGAAUGCAACACGGCUACUCCAUGGAUGGUCCUCUUGACGCAAAGGACUUACAACCAUUUGUGCUCUUUGACAUCCAAGCAAGUAAUCCUGAUGUAAGAGCAAUUCGAAAGGUUUGGUUAAAGGUUGUUAGGAAGGGUAAAGAGUUUGGAAAAAGAAACCUUCUCUUCAAAGAACCUUACACUCGAUGGGUGAAAGAAAGAGUUGGGGAAAUCCAUUUGCCAUUUAUCUUUAAUGCUUCAGCUUUUCCUAAAACUCCUGAGCCCAAGCCUAUACUCCCUGAGGACAUGGAGAAACUCACUACUAAGGUUAAGGAGCUCGAAUUGAAGAAUAUUGAAUUACGGAUUCAGAUGAACCGAGCUAUCUUGGAAAAUCAAAAUUUGAAGGAUGAGCGUUAG